ACAGUACCUGACGCUCGCUAAUACGGAUUGAAAUGAACAAAGCCUAACAGAAAACUAAUUUCCAAAUGCGGAGGAAAAAGAUGAAGAGCAAAGAAAAAAGGGAGGACCGCAGCUGGGUGACUUGCUUUUCAGAUGAUCUUGCUAUGGUAAGCCACGACGUUUACCAAUUUUCCUGAUAAUAUGAUUAUUUCCUCUUCUCCGAAGGCCGAUGGUCUUCUGGGUUUCACCACGCUUGUGGCUAUUUUGGCAGUAACGCAAGGAGUGAGCGUCACGAGUACCAACGCCAGCAGUGCCUACGUCCCGUUGUUUGCCGUCCAUUCGAACUCCACUCCCGUCUUUGAGAACACAACAGGACACAGUGUGAAUCCCCUGGUGAAGGCUCUUCAGCCUGUCGAUGCUCUUGCAACAGUCAAGACACUACACCGACGGGAUGAUCUGCCUACGGGCACUUGUGCGCCCGGAACUCCUUGCGUGAACGGGGCCUGUUGUAGCAAAACCGGAAUCUGUGGGUAUUCACCGUCCGAAUGUGGUACAGAUGUCUGUAUCUCCAACUGUGAUGCAAAGGCCGAAUGUGGUGAGUACGGCAUGGUCGGCAACAACACCUGCCCACUAAAUGUCUGUUGCUCCAAAUUCGGAUUUUGUGGUACUACGUCGGAUUUUUGCGAUGCCGGUUGUCAGGAAGGCUAUGGGGGCUGUGGCGCUGUUACGAAGCCAUCCUGCGGAGGGGCCAGUGCGAAACAGAGAACCAUUGGUUACUACGAGGGAUGGUCCUCAAUUCGGAAAUGUGACAAGCGUCUUCCCUCGAAUCUCGACGUGACACCAUACACACACAUUAACUUCGCAUUUGUGUACUUUCAUCCUACAACAUUCCAGAUCGUGCCUAUGGCUGCAGGCGACGAGGUUUUGUAUCCUCAAUUCACGGCAUUGAAGAAGACCAAAUCUAACUUGAAAACAUGGGUUUCGCUUGGGGGUUGGAGUUUCAAUGACAACACCAAUACCCCGAAUACGCAAACGGCGUUCAGUGACUUGGCGGCAAGUGCGGAGAACCGGCAGACCUUCAUUAUCUCCGUGAUGUCCUUCAUGCAAAACUGGGGGUUCGACGGCCUGGACAUUGACUGGGAAUACCCCGGAGCCCCUGACCGAGGCGGGGUGGCUGCCGAUACCACGAACUAUGUGACUUUGCUAAAAGAGUUGAAAGCUGCCUUUGGGAGCCGGUACGGCCUGAGUGUGACACUGCCAGCCUCCUAUUGGUAUCUCCGGUGGUUCGAUUUGCAAGGAAUCGAAGCAAAUACGGAUUUUCUCAAUGUCAUGACGUACGACAUUCAUGGGGUCUGGGACUCAUCGAACAAGUUCACUGGCCCCUACGUCCGACCCCAUACAAAUCUGACCGAGAUUGAGAAUGCCCUCGACCUCUUAUGGCGAAACGAUGUGAAUCCUGGGAACGUCAAUCUCGGACUAGGCUGGUAUGGCCGGUCCUUUACACUCAAGGACCCCACUUGCAACAUCCCUGGCUGCGUGUUUAGCUAUGGAGGUACGGCAGGAGAAUGUACGAACUCCGCUGGAACACUCUCGAAUGCCGAAAUCCAGCGGGUUAUUACUGCAAAUAACCUGACCCCAGCUUUUGAUCAAAAAGCAGCCGUCAAGUGGAUCACGUGGGGCAGUGACCAGUGGGUCAGUUACGACGACGGGGAAUCUAUGCAAAUGAAGAUCAUGUUCGCGAAUCAGCGGUGCUUGGGAGGUACGCUGAUCUGGUCGAUCGAUCAGGAUGGAAGUGACAAUACCAGCUUGAAUGAUCUGAUGGGCGUGGGCACCGCUAAUGGCGUCUCCGCUGCGGAAGCCGAAGCGUAUAAGCAGGUCCUCACCCAGGCCAAUGAUGCAGCCACAAAGCGUAACUCUUGCUACUGGUCUUUUUGCGGCGAGGAUUGUAUCCCGGGUUAUUUCAGCCAAACCAGUGCCACCGGGCAGGUUUUGGGGGUUGAUCGGGACAGUGCCUGUCCUAGUGGGCAAUUCAAGCAGCUCUGCUGUGCCCCGGGCACUAAUCCAGGGACUUGCUCCUGGAACGGGUUCCGAGGGGUAGGUUUGUCGUGUGCCUCAAACACUUGUCCCGAUGGCACUGAUUUAAUCGCAUCGAACACAAAUCAGUACGAGUGGGACAACGACCGGGCGAACUACAGAGAUUGGACGUGUAAUGGAGGAUCUCAGUCUUACUGUUGCUCGGGCUUCGUGCCCUCGCCGUACACCAACACCGACUCGUUGAACCUGAUUGGGCAAGAUCAAGAAGAGGGUGAAGCAACCGGCAAUCUGAGAAAACGAGGAAGCAAGUAUGGGUACUGGACGCUCGGGAAGAACGAUCCCUUGUGCAAUGUGGAGACUGGAAUCGACGCCGUUAAUGCCUUACUCGAUUUUGAUAGUGGCAUUCCGUUCGCGGGCAUUAGGUAUGGCUUCGAUGACUUAGCGGAGUCGGCAUACAUGUGCAUCGAGGACAACAUCCAGGCUGCGCACGAGUACAACGCAGGAAUUGUCGCGAAUAUCGGUCAGGGAGCCAUGGGCCCUGGGAUCGUGACGCACCCUCCCGUCGAAUUUGAGGAUGUACCUACUUCUCUAAUUAACGCCAAGGGCGGCUGGCAGAGAGCGCAGUACGGCAAAAAAGAUCGAGACUGCAGCGUGACAUACUAUUGCCGCUAUGGAAGAGGGUUUGAUGAAGUGUGCGACAAUCAGCGCUGGGGGGUGGACAAGGUAAUGUCGGGACAGACGGUGUAUCACUACCAGAAACGGCCAGGUAAAACCUUCAAGGACCAAUGGAAGCAUUUUCGAGGCGAUGAGUACAAGUCUCUAGUUGUUUCUAGUGCUGGUAGCGGGCGACUUAGUUGUGAAGUGGACGAAUUCCCCUUAGGAUCUCUCCUCGAAAACAAAGUGCAGGCUCUUCGAUGGAUGAACGGUCCUGCCAACGGAGCGCAAGGUCGAGAUUGGGAUAACUGGUUGAGUAUGAGCUUCAAACCCUGUUCCUCGCUUCGAAGUGUUCGAAAAAUCAUUCCGAACGAGCCUCCCAUUACCUGGGCCUUUGGGAGUCUCAGCGAUGGCGAUCCUCGGGCUACAGCCCCUAUCGAUGGGAAGCACUUCAUCCAAAAAUACGGCUUCGACUCGCAGACUCCGGGUAGCCUGUGUUAUCCCAUUUUCACAUAUAUGAAAGAAGAUGUGAAGGUGUACCGCACAGUACGAGAUGUUGGGUUCCGUGUCUAUCCUGAAGAUCCGAUGUUUUUUGAACCCUACAACUGGCCGCGGCAGGAGUAUGCGAGGCCUCCCAGCUAUCCCGACAAUCUGCCGGACAAUGUUCUCUCCGCCGCUUGGCUGAAGCGCGAGGUUGCCGUAUCCGUGCUCCAGCGGGACCUGCCACUUUCCGCCGUCUAUCAGGCCGAAGUGGUGGCGGAACAGUGGCGCGAAGAAAGUGAAGCUGCCCUUCCUGCCCCAGAGCCCACCGAAGGGGCUGCGUUUUCUUUCGCAGGGAUUGCUAGUGAACACGGUGGUGGCCCAUCUGGCCCGGUUGCCUCCAGGCGGCAGAGCAUUCCCAACACCCUCGCUCGGGAGACAAAUCCUGCUGCUACGGCCACUGCUAUCACGACACCCACGCACCAAGAAGGUGACGAACGGAUUAAGCGCCGGAAGAGACAUCUAUUGGAUCAUCAACAACAUCACUAUCACUAGAAUUGAGGAACCAAGGGCUCGGGCUGUCCACAGGGGCACCAUCGCCAACCUUGUGCAGUAAAUCCAGAGAAUAGAACACAAAUGCGAUACAACACUAAUGGUGUCUGAAGCCAGCAAGCUUCUGGGCGUGAAGUUAGCACUCUUACUCAUUUGGUCG